CAGGACAGCGUAGAUUCAAUUCAAUUCAAUCCAUCCAUUCCGAUGGGGCUUGACAUCUUGGAGAUCAGAAUGGGUUCCGAUUUGAGCCUGGAUCUGAGGUACUUCGCCUCCAAGGCCGUCCAGCAGGCCAGGGACGUGCCGGCGUCGGACGUGGACGCCUGCAUCCGCCGCCUCGAGGAGGAGCGGGGCAAGAUCGAGAUGUUCAGGCGGGAGCUCCCGCUCUGCGCGCGCCUCCUCGCCGAAGUGAUCGAUGUCAUGAAGGCGGAGGCGGGGACGAAGACGAAGAACGAUCGCAAGGCAACGGAGGAGGAUGGCGCUGUCGGGGACAAGAGCAAGUGGAUGAGCACGGCGCAGCUCUGGACCGGCGAUUCCGGCCGGGAGGAUGCGGAAUCAGAGGUACAGUCUGGAUCUCCCUAGGGCCCCCUCCACUUCUCAACAUCAGGCAUCGCCGUCUCAUCGGCGGCCACCGUCAGCUGCGAGGAGGAAGAUGGCCUGUCCGAGAGCAAUGGCUGGAAAUGAUGGCAAAUUCUUGCAUAUUCCUGUUCUCGAUGGAGGUAAACAUUUAUGCUUCUCGACCUAAAGUUUCCUCCUUUGGUAUUCAUAUUGAGCAUCCGAUUUUUUCCCACUGUGAACAGAUGGCCGGGUCGCUGCUUGCUUGGAUGUUCUGCAUCUUACUCAUGCAGCCAUUUCAAU